GCCAUUACACCAAAAAAAGAGGACGAAGAAGAAGAGGCGCAUGUGCGAACACAUAGACUGAGACGGACGUUAGCAUUUUAGCAUUUAGCAGCGGGAAAGCUCGUCGGUGUGCUCGCUACAAGACACCAAAAUGUUUAAAGAGUUGGUGAAAGAGCGACUAAUGGCGGCAGCUGAUGAAAUAUUCGCGCUAUUCGAAAGCACGAUAACGUCGUACGAGGAAGAACUUUCUAGAACGAGAGAGGAGAAGGAGCGACAUCGACAACAACUGGAAGCUGUUCGCAAAACUCAAAUUGUGCUACACGUUGAAGACGUCCGGCAGCUCCGUCGCGAAGAGUGUCCCUUUACGCCACAGGACGGAAGCUUCACUUUGAAGCAGGAGUAUUCACAGUCCCCCCAUCUCAAAGACUGUAUCAGUCAGUCAGGAGAAGAGUGUUUUCCAGGGCUGCAGGAGGCUGAUCUCACCAACUUACCUCUGACUGGUUUCUCUGUGAAGGCUGUAGACCAUGAAGACAAACCUCAAGUUGACCACCUCUUAGCUCCUCUAUCAGAUAGUGACGACAUAAUGUCACACUCUGCUGAGGAUGUAAACGAGGACCACACCCAAGAACCUUUGAGCAGCGAUACAGACUGUGAAGAUGGUAUGAGGACUCACACUGACAACCAACACCCUGAAUGCUCUGAAAAGAAGACAUGUAAAAAAGGUUUUACCUGCUCGUUUAGUGCUGAAAUGUUUGGUAAAAAAAGUAAUUAUGAUGAACAGGUGAGAACACAGACACAAGAAAAAACUUUCAAAUGUUCAGUUUGUGGCAAUACAUUUUCUCUGAAGCAAAGCCUGAACAUACACAUGAGAACGCACACAGGAGAAAAACCUUAUAUUUGCUCAUUUUGCUGUAAAAAGUUUUCCCAGAAAUCCAAUUUGACUGUACACAUGAGAACACACACGCAAGAAAAACCUUUCAGAUGCUCAGUUUGCGGCAAUACAUUUUCUCAGAAGGCCACUUUGACUUUGCACAUGAGAACACACACAGGAGAAAAACCUUUCAAAUGUUUAAUUUGCGGCGAUACAUUUUCUCAGAGGGGCAGCCUGAAACAACACAUAAGAAGGCACACUGGAGAAAAACCUUUCAUUUGUCCAUUUUGCUGUAAAAAGUUUUCUCAGAAAGCCACUUUGACUGCACACAUGAGAACACACACUGGAGAAAAGCCUUUUCAAUGUUCAUUUUGUGGAGAUUCAUUUACUCAGAGGGCCAACCUGCUAUUUCACAUGAGAAAACACACAGGAUAAAAACCUUUCGGUGGUCCUUUGAGAUGAAGAUUAUUCUGAAAAGCAAAGUUUGACAGCACACAGGAGAAGAAAUGUUUUCCUGUCCAGUUUGUGCUCUAAGAUAGUCAAAUAGUAGAAGUGGAAUGUUUUGCAUGAAAAAUAGAAGUAGUUAUAGUACUAAUAGUUUAUUUUGCUUUUGUUUUUUUACCUUAAUAUUCAUUGGGAUUUUCACAUAAUACAUAGACUUGAUGGGGGAAAAAUAUAUAGGUAUCUCUACAACAAAAAAAGUCGUAUAAUUACAUUUUGUUUAUAAAUGAAUAAAAAAUAAUUUAAAAAACUAUUAACAAUCAUAGAUAAACGUAAUAAAACAUGCUUGUGGGAUCAAUAAUUUUUUUUUUCAAGUAGUUUCUUAACAUUUAAAAGGUGGUUCUUUACUAAAUAUAAGUUUUGUGAUUUUUUUUUUUUUCUAAAUAAAUUAUCCACUUCAACCAUCUUUUCUUGAACAGGUCCACCAUAGUAUGUAGUAUUUGAGUCAGGUUUGUGUUUGGAUCAUUUCACUGUUGAUUAUCUCACCUCGGUCUCUCGCCACCUCAGACAAACCUGCAAAUAAGCUUAUUCCAGGCUGAUAAUUGUUUAUUGUAGUCAUUUAUACGCCACUUAGAUAGUGAUGAUCUAUUGUUUAUAUGACACCAGAUUCCCUCAUGAGUUCCAGGUUAGAGUGCUACUAAGAACAGCAGCUACAUUAUUUUAGAUGGACUCCGAAGCAAAUUAACAACAUUGACUAACAUAUUCAGACUGUCUGGGUGGUGGAGGACAACAUGGAUGGAGUUUUGCCUCAGAUUGAAAGUGUGCUUGGUAUAUAUUUCUUUGUCAUUAUGAUUGCACCAACAUGUACUUCAGCAGUUCAUUCUUUAUUUGAAGAGCAUUUAUGAUGCUAUGUCUUACUGUUUCCUUAUUAGCUAUCUGGAAGACUCAGUUAUUUCUGCCUGCCACUGAUGUGUGUUUGUAUGAUGUCUAAUACAUUAAAAUAAUUUAGUUCUAUUAAA